AUGGCUAACAAGAUCUCGCUUAGCCGCCCGCGUUCGAAAGAGGGCAGGACUAGCCCUGUACGAUUUCCUACAGCUAGCGGUAGCAUCAAAUCUAGGAAAGAAGGUUUCAACGCACUCCCCUCUUCUUCGCCUCUCGAUGUCCGACAUGAUCAGAGCCUGCUUGCGGGAGCUGUACCCACCUCAAAGCCCGACGGUGUUCCCCACAACACGUCCAACAUCACCCCGCCGCAUGCCCAUAUUGAAGACAUCAUUGACAUAGAUGCUGUCGAUAACACCUUUGUUCCCGGACACAAGGGGGGAAUGUCCAGCAUCGACAGUACUGGUCGCAUUGAGCGCAAGCUUUACUCUGCUUUAGGCGAGGAGCUUAGUUUCCAUGCCGAUGCAGAUCCAAUGCCCCGCGUGGAGAACGAAGUAAUCACCAGUGGAACAAGUUUGGCGGGCCCUGGACUUGACAUUCCAGUCACCAAAAGGAAGAGACAAGGUACCUUGGGCGGCGAGAGAGACCGUAGUCCAAUCGCAAAGAUGGUAAGGGAGCAGACCAACGACAGUCAACUUGGAGAAUCGCCGGGCAUGCCUCACCUACGGGGAGGAAAGUGA